AUGCUCAGCUCCCAGGCGUCCGUCUCCUUCCACACGAUCCACUUCAUCUUUUUUGUCUUCGUGGCUUCUACCAUAUUCCACCUGCAGCAGCGAGUAACCAAGCUCCAGUCUUCCUGGGAGCUCCAGAGGCUGGUGCCAGUCCCCAAGGAGAACCCUGCAAGCCAGCAGCCCAAGGGGAUGUGGACCAUCAACUCCAUAGGCCGCCUCGGGAACCAGAUGGGGGAGUACGCCACGCUGUACGCACUGGCCAAGAUGAAUGGGCGCCCAGCCUUCAUCCCGCCCCAGAUGCAUGACUGGCUGGCCCCCCUCUUCAGAAUCAGCCUCCCCGUCCUGCACGGCACCACAGCCAGACAGAUCCCAUGGAGCAACUAUAAACUGAACGACUGGAUGGAGGAGCAGUACCGCCACAUCCCAGGGCAGUAUGUGCGUCUGACGGGCUACCCCUGCUCCUGGACCUUCUACCACCACCUGCGCCAGGAGAUCCUGCGUGAGUUCACUCUGCACGACCACUUGAGGGAGGAGGCCCAGAGGCUGCUGCGAGGCCUGAUGGUGAACGGGAGCCAGCCCAGCACCUUUGUGGGGGUGCAUGUGCGCAGGGGGGACUAUGUCCACAUCAUGCCCAAAGUCUGGAAGGGCGUGGUGGCUGACAGGGGCUACCUGCAGCAGGCCCUGGCCUGGUUCCGCACCCACCACAGCUCCCCUCUGUUCGUGGUGACCAGCAAUGACAUGGCCUGGUGCCAAGUCAACAUUGAUGCCUCCCGUGGGGAUGUGGUGUUUGCUGGCAAUGGCCUGGAGGGCUCUCCCGGCAGGGACUUUGCGCUGCUCAUGCAGUGUAACCACACCAUCAUGACCAUAGGGACCUUUGGGGUCUGGGCAGGCUACCUCACAGGGGGACAGACCAUCUACCUGGCCAAUUACACCCUCCCAGACUCCCCUUUCCUCUCCAUCUUUAAGCCUGAGGCUACCUUCCUGCCAGAGUGGAUUGGGAUCCCGGCAGACCUGUCCCCACUCCUCAAGCACUGAUGGCAUCUUUGUCUCCUCUGUUGGCUCCCCCAGGGCACCGACAGCACAUGGUAACAUGACUCAGAACCAUUUCCUGAUAUUUCAGGAUGAUUUAGGCUGCAAGUAACGCACACCCCAGCUCUCCUCAGUCAAUAGUGCACGUCUUAUCAUGCUUAAGGACCCUGGUUUUGAGCCCCUAGCCCCACAAGAAAAUACUGUGUGAGACACAGGGUGUGAAGGCCCAUAAAUGGUAGAGCAGUGCUGUGGCAUCUUCCCCUCUCUAUCUGGAAAAAAAAAAAAAUGUCCUCGGGAAGUGGUGGUCUCCGCAGAUGUGAACCCUGGGCAAACUCUCUAAACAGCUGCUUUUCCUGUCUCCCUCCAAGACACCUCUCCAGCACCAGCGGAUUCCUGAGCUUAGCAGUGCCAUCAGUGACCUCUUGGAGACCAGAAGUCCAGGGUCAAAGUGGCAGCAGGAUUAUCUUUAGGGAACAGCUCAGAGGAGAAAGGGAGAAAACAGAAUGCAGGGGCUGAACUAGCUCACCAGGUAGGACACAAGCUCUGCGGCACACGGGCCCCAGUGCUGUGGGGUUUCUCCCUUUCUUCUUCUUUUUUUUUUUUUAAAUAUUUUUUUAUUUUCCCUUUUGUUGCCCUUGUUUUUUUUAUUGUUGUAAUUACUAUUAUUGUUGUUAUGGAUGUUGUUGUUGUUAGACAGGACAGAGAGAAAUGGAGAGAGGAAGGAAGAGAAAGAUGGACACCUGCAGACCUGCUUCACUGCCUGGGAAGCGACUCCCCUGCAGGUGGGGAGCCGGGGGCUCGAACCGGGAUCCUUACAUGGGUUCUUGUGCUUCGCGCCAAGUGUGCUUACACCGCUGCUACCGCCCGACUCCUGGUUUCUCCCUUUCUAUCUCUCUGUGUGAAGGAGAAAGUGGUACAAUGACAAGGCUCUGUCUCCAACGAAAAACUAGAUGUCUGUGUAUAUUCUCCUCCCCCCCUUUUUUAUUCUAUUAUUUGAUCGGAGAGAGAGCCACUUCCUGCACUGCUUCACCACUCCAGAAGCUUCACCUCUACAAGUACA